AUGGACUCUGAUACUGCCUCGAAGACCCAGAACAGCAUCCUUGAACAGCCCAAUGAGCCACUUAUGUUCGAAGCCAAGACUAUUCCACUAAAAGGGAUAGGCCUGGUAGCCCUCCAAGACAUACCUCAGGGGACUCUGAUUAUCCGAGAGAGGCCGCUAUUAGUAGCUCGGCCUGGAGCACCUGGCGCACUCGAGGACUUCUUAUCGUCGGAGCUCAAAAAGCUGGACAAAGCGAGCCAGCGCCAGUUUUUGUCUCUUCACAAUAACUUUCCCGGAAAGCAUCCUUUUGCUGGUAUUAUGAAAACGAAUGCUCUGCCGUGCGGUUCUGGGUCUGAGAUCGGGGCUGUCUAUCCAACAAUAUGUCGCAUCAAUCACAGCUGCCUCCCAAACAGCCAAAAUACAUGGAAUAGUGACACCAAAAUCGAGACUAUCUUCGCCAUCAGGCCAAUUAAGUGCGGAGAAGAGAUUACAAUCAUGUAUGACCAGGGCGGCCCAUCUACGGUCCGGCAAGCUUCCUUGAAGCAGUCAUUUGGCUUCAAGUGUAGCUGUGUCGUCUGUUCGCAGCCACCGGCCCUGCUUCGAGAAAGUGACGCUCGUCGAUCACGAAUCCAACAACUCGAUGGUCAGAUUGGGGACCCUUUUCAGAUGUUGAAGAGUCCAGAGAAAAGCCUCAAGGAUUGUCAUUCGCUGCUACAGGUCCUCAAGGCUGAAUAUGGGGCUUAUCCCGGAGCUCUCGCUGCCCGGCUUUAUUACGAUGCUUUUCAAAUCAGCAUCGCGCACGGUGACAAGACGAGGGCAAGUAUUUUUGCGGAGAAAUCGUAUCAAGCGAGGCUCAUGUGCGAGGGCAACGAAACGCCUGAGGUGAAGAGGGUCAAGAUGCUUGCGACGAACCCCUCAAACCAUAGCACCUUCAUGGCAUACUCUUCGAAGUGGAAAAAUACUAAGAAGGAGAAAUUUGGAGAAGAUGAUAAUGAGGCUUUUGAGCGCUGGCUUUUUCGCAUUUCGAACUAA